UUUACUUUGAGUGGUUUACCCAAAUUUAACCAUAGCACAACGGCAGUACAUACAGCGCACUCUCUACAUUCAACACUAUUUCUUCUAUACGCACACACAAAGCUGUCUUUCCCCUUUGAAGGGCCUUUUCAGUUCUGCGCCAACGGAAACAACCAACCAGAUCCAACUCACCAUUAAUCGCUUGUUGACGACGAUACCAUUCGCCACACGCAGAUCGGGAAUUUGAUUCCAAAACACUAUGAGCGUCAUCGACAUUCUUACCAGAGUUGACUCCAUUUGCAAGAAGUACGACAAAUACGACGUCGAAAAGCAGAGGGACUCCAAUAUCUCCGGCGAUGAUGCCUUCGCCAGACUCUACGCCUCCGUCGACUCCGACAUCGAGGCCCUAAUUCAGAAAGCAGAAACCGCUUCCAAGGAGAAAGGUAAGGCAUCUGCUGUAGCCAUCAAUGCCGAGAUUCGUCGUACCAAGGCUCGGUUGCUGGAGGAGGUUCCCAAAUUGCAGAGAUUGGCUGUGAAAAAGGUAAAGGGGCUUUCAUCACAAGAAUUUGCUGCCCGUAAUGAUUUGGUUCUUGCAUUGCCGGAUAGAAUUCAAGCUAUCCCAGAUGGGACUCCUCCUGCACCAAAACAAUCUGGAGGCUGGGCAGCUUCUGCCUCACGUCCUGAAAUUAAGUUUGAUUCAGAUGGGCGAUUUGAUGAUGAAUACUUCCAACAAACUGAGCAAUCCAGUCAGUUUAGGCAGGAAUAUGAAAUGCGUAGAAUUAAACAGGAUCAAGGUUUGGAUGUGAUUGCUGAAGGAUUGGAUACAUUGAAAAACAUGGCACAUGAUAUGAAUGAGGAAAUGGACAGACAAGUUCCACUGAUGGAUGAGAUUGACACUAAGGUGGACAAGGCAUCCUCUGACCUUAAGAAUACAAAUGUUAGACUUAAAGACACAGUGAACCAGCUUCGAUCCAGUCGAAACUUCUGUAUCGAUAUUGUUUUGUUGAUCAUAAUUUUGGGAAUUGCUGCCUACUUAUACAAUGUACUAAAGAAAUGAUAUGUACACAAGGCUGAUGGAUGUUCUCGAAGGGUUUGCCUUUAUUUCUUGUAUUUUGAGAAUAUUGUGUCUGAUUUUCUUUUAAUAUUUUUUAUUUUAUUUCUACCAUUGUGAAAAUUCCCCGGUACUGGAGAGAUGUGCGCUUGUGCUUUAUAAGCAGUCUUGUGUAUGCAGUUAUGUCACAUCCCAUUAGGAUGUUAAAUAGUUGUCUCGUACUCUUUAUACUUGUUUAGGUAUGUUAUAUUAUAUUAUUGAUGCUGAUAAAUUAGGAACGAUGCUUUGCUUGGUGUGUAAUUCUAGCUGGAGUUAGCUACAAACACGACGAAAAAAAAAUUGUGGGUAACCGCUUAAAAAUGAAA